AUGCACUUCUUGACCUUCCUAUUGACGCUCGGCUUCGCCCUGUCCGGUGUCCAAUCUAUCCCGGCCCCCUCCCAACCCUUCCCUGAGGUCGAUCGUGCCUCGAAUCCUCUCAACGCAGCUCGUGCCCUUCCGAGCGGUGACCUAUACCCACCCCAGCCCCCAGGAGCUGGCCCGGGCAAGCGUGGACUUCUCUAUAACACCGAGUCCAAUGUUGAGUGGAGCAACUUCUACGUCGAGAGUCCCUAUGUCACGUACGGGAGCAAUGGGGAUGUCAUACGUGGCGAUGAGAUCAACGCCUGGUUCUCAUACGUUCCCACCAUUACCGUCGAUGCCAAGCUGGAGAACAGCGACUGGAACGACACCGUCCCAAUCUUGAUCGAGGGUGGAACCAAAGCGAUGUUCGCUUCGAACGAACCCGACAACCCAUCGCAAGCUAACCUCACCCCAGCCCAAUGUGUCACUGUCUACAAGAGGUUCAUGCAGCCCUACUACGGCACCGUCCAACUCGGCACUCCGGCAGUCACCAACGGUGGAGGUCAGGCAGGCUUGACCUACCUCGACGACUUUGUCCGCCUAUGCACCGGUUGUGCUUACAACUUUGUGAACGUGCACUUCUUCGUCGACCGGUCCGAGAUGAGCGUCACUCAGUACAUUGAAGCGCUGACGACCUACAUCGACGUCACCGUACCAGCAAUCCAGGCCAAACACGCGCCGCUGGUCGGACUACCGAUCGCCGUCGGCGAGGUGGGUAUCCCUUCACUCAAAAUCUCCCCCCGCUCGCACCACCGACUGACAUCCUCCCAGUUCUGGCUCACGGGCGCUUCGGAGGCCGAAGCCGGAGCGCUGAUGGACGAGCUCCUCCCCUGGCUCGACGGCAACGCCAACGUCCUGUUCUACCAAGCCUGCGGCGGCUUGUUCGAGGGCGGAUUCGUCGACGCUGCCGGGACGGGACUCACGCCGGCCGGAACGGCCUACGGCGGGCUGGCCCUUUGA